AAGCAGCUGGGUUUUAUCUCCACAGCAGACGACACAGGAUAACCCCUUUUGACCUCUUUUCACUCUCACUUUGAUCCUCGAUAGAGUUCUGAAAAGCCAAAACCCUUUAAUUCUAUGGUCUUCUGAGUGAAUGGCUUCAGCUCUUUUUGCAAGGACUCUUUUGGGUCAUCGCCUUUUUCACUCUUCAGCACACUCUCUCUCCCCAAAGCCCCAAAUCCUCUCUUCCCUGCUCAAUAAAAGAUCAGAUCUCUUGCGAGCUGACUCUUCCUAUACAAAAUAUAGAGUAUCUGGUUUAAUACCUCGUGCUAUGGCUUCAUCAGUAGCUGGGGCAAGAGCAGAUUUUUCAACAUCGGCAUCUACAAAUGAGCCUGUUGUUUCUGUUGAUUGGCUCCAUGCUAAUCUCAAGGAGCCUGACCUUAAGGUUGUGGAUGCGUCUUGGUACAUGCCUGAUGAGCAAAGGAAUCCAAUUCAAGAGUAUCAGGUUGCUCAUAUUCCUGGUGCCCUUUUCUUUGACGUAGAUGGAAUAUCGGAUCGCACAACAAAAUUACCACAUAUGUUACCAUCUGAGGAAGCCUUUGCUGCUGCUGUUUCUGCUCUUGGCAUUGAGAACAAAGACGAUCUAGUUGUGUAUGAUGGGAAAGGGCUUUUUAGUGCAGCUCGUGUGUGGUGGAUGUUCCGAGUGUUUGGCCAUGAUAGAGUCUGGGUUUUAGAUGGAGGCUUGCCAAGAUGGCGUGCAUCUGGAUAUGACGUUGAAUCUAGUGCUUCUGGCGAUGCGAUUUUGAAAGCUAGUGCUGCCAGUGAGGCAAUAGAGAAAGUUUAUAAGGGACAGCCAGUUGGUCCAAACACAUUUCAGACUAAAUUUCAGCCACAUCUUGUCUGGAAUCUUGAGCAGGUUAAAAGAAAUGUUGAGGAAAGAACUCACCAGCAUAUAGAUGCCCGAUCAAAGGCCAGAUUUGAUGGAACUGCAUUGGAGCCUCGGAAAGGGAUAAGAAGUGGUCACGUACCUGGAAGCAAGUGCAUUCCUUUUCCUCAGUUGUUGGAUGCUUCAGGGACAGUCUUACCAGCGGACGAGUUGAAAAAAAGAUUUGAUGAAGCAGGCAUCACAUUGGACAGCCCUGUUGUUACUUCGUGCGGCACUGGUGUAACUGCUUGCAUUCUCGCAUUGGGUCUUCAUAAACUUGGUAAGCCUGAUGUGGCAGUCUAUGAUGGGUCUUGGACUGAGUGGGGAGCACAUUCCGACACACCCGUCGACACUUCCACUUCGUGAUAGAAUUUCUUAAAGCUUAUUGGUACGAUGAACAGAAAUGGGUUUGCCUAGGUUGAUUACGACGAAAGAGGUUGUAUCUCAGUUAAACAUCCUGUUAUUAGUAGUGUUUGUGUUUUCAUUGUUAAAACCUCCAGCUCUAGUCCUCACUUUUGUUUCAUCUGUAACGAUGAUUUUAUGCGACUCAUAAAUCAAAACAGCAGCAUGAAGAGGUUAAUAUUUAAGUUGUAAUGUUGAUCGUGGUUAAAUAAUAAGCAGGGAAAAAGUGUGAUGAUAAAGAUUUCUGUA